UUAAAAUGUAACAAAGUUUGACCCAGACGUGAUAGUCUACUCAAGUCUCAAGUCUACUGUGAUACUGCCGAUACGUAUAGAUAUAUAUUAUUAUUAUCUAGAUCUAGACUUUUGUAGAGCCCACUCGCUGUUGAGUCUGGGUCUACACAGUAGACUGAGUACAGCCAUGCAGUAGCCAGCUGUGAUUAGAUCAAAGAUUAUUCUGCUUCCAAACCAAGAAUAGGCACAUUUGCUACUGAUUCAAUGGCACUAUUCUUAAGGCCUUUACAUAUUUGUAAAAAUGCUGUUAAAAACAUAUCUCAUUAUCUGCCCAUUUGUCAUAGACGGGACAUUCUUACAGGCAGCUGUAUAGAUAUUUCUCAUGGAUUAGAUGAAGAACAAUUGCAGAUACAAAAAGUGGCUUUAGACUUUGCAAAAAAUGAAUUAGCACCAAAUAUGCAAAAGUGGGAUGAAGAGGAAACUUUCCCAGUGGAAGCUUUGAGGAAAGCUGCAGCCUUGGGUUUUGGAGCAGUCUACUGCAAGGAGAAAUUUGGUGGCACUGGUCUUAGCAGACUUGAUGCAUCAGUGAUUUGUGAAGCGUUGGCCACAGGGUGCUGCAGCACCACAGCCUACAUAAGUAUACACAAUAUGUGUGCUUGGAUGAUAGAUGAAUUUGGCAAUGAUGACAUUAGACAGAAGUGGAUUCCACAUUUAGCUACAAUGGAAAAAAUGGCUUCAUACUGUCUCACAGAACCAGGUGCUGGAAGUGAUGCUGCAUCAUUAACAACGUCUGCUAAAAAAAGUGGCUCUGACUUUGUGAUCAAUGGAGCGAAGGCAUUUAUCAGUGGCGCAGGCAAGUCAGAUGUCUAUGUUGUUAUGUGCAGGACAGGAGGAGGGGGAGCCAAAGGUAUAUCCUGCAUACUAGUAGAAAAAGGAACACCUGGACUAUCAUUUGGGAAAAAGGAGAAAAAAGUAGGUUGGAAUACUCAUCCAGCCUGCAUUGUGUCUUUUGAUGACUGCCAUGUGCCUCAGAGUAACUUGAUUGGUGAGGAGGGUCAGGGAUUUACUAUUGCCAUGAAAGGUUUGAAUGGAGGACGCCUGAAUGUUGCUUCCAGUUCACUUGGUGCAGCCCACGCCUCAAUAGAAAAAGCAAGAGAUCAUUUAAAAGUCAGGAAACAGUUUGGAAAAACAUUAGAGAACUUUCAGUAUUUGCAAUUUCGGCUUGCAGAAAUGGCAACUCAGCUGCUAGCUUCACGUCUCAUUGUUAGGAAUGCUGCUAGAGCUUUGGAUAAUAGUGAUCCAUCAUCAGUAGCUUUGUGUUCUAUGGCAAAACUUUUUGCCACUGAAGAAUGUUUUAAAAUCUGCAAUGAUGCUUUACAAAUGUUUGGAGGUUAUGGAUACUUAAAAGAUUACCCUGUCCAGCAGUACAUGAGGGACACUAGGGUACACUGUAUUCUUGAAGGCACCAAUGAAAUAAUGAGAUUGCUUGUAAGUCGAGACCUUCUGACUGAUAGAUGAUUUAAAAGAAAGCAGACAUAGUUGUAAGAAUAAAGAAGUUAAGUACUCAGAGAUAGUCCCCAUGUAAAUUUGUGUUAAAAUACUGGUAAUUACUGUUUAAAAAAAAUGUAACAGAAUAACUGUCAUGAAUGUAGUUGUAUAUUUAUAAUUAUUUUUUCUCAACUUGACAUGAUUGAAGAAUACAAUACUGUUAACAAUGAGCGGCAAUUCAUGUACAUUAUUACAUUACUUCAUUUUUGUUUUAUAGGUCCUGGGUUUUAGGUUAACAUUAAAGAAACUUUUUUCACUGGGCAGCUAUGCUCAGAAUAAACUGAUAGUCAAUAUGUUGUUUACCAGUGUUCAGUGAUGGCCUGCUGGUCAUUAUCUACUCAAAGUAGCUUCAUGGUCUCAUAGAGUCUCAUUGCAUCUUCUGACACAGUCUUGUUUCAGGUAGAAAAUGUCUUCUUUUUUUUUUUACUGUAUGCCUAGAGAUUUUUCUCUGUCCUUCAGUUUAAAGUUGUCCAUCAAGUAAAUCCUCUUUAAAAAAAAAACAUGACAUUAAAAAAUCAUGCCAUUUUUUUCUAUGUUCUUUAUAUCCAAUUUGUAUUAAUAUGUAAGUGGCAGAUUUAUUUUUGCCCAACUGACCUAAUUUUAUGAUACCGGUUCAGUUAUUGUAUACACUUAUGUAAUAAAAUACUCUAUUGACAUUGUCA